AUAAGAAAAGACAGAGUUGUUUGAGCUGUCGACAUCCUCACGUGCUCAGUUAACCACCUGUCCACGCCGGGAUGCAGAGAAAGGUUCCCGCCUGCUAGUCAUCACCGCGUUCUUGACUGGUGGAUGCAGACGCAGAAGCGCUGCGUAACAUUGAUUGUUUUUCUCAAGUUUUCGACCUGUCGCAUCCUGUGCGAUAUUAAAGGUGUGAUUUUUUUUUCUCUCCCCGGAAAGCGCCUGGUGAUCAUUGUGUGGCCACGCGCAGUAAUGCGAGCAAAGGGGCUGGAGGCUGGCGGAGACCGGGACUGAGUGGCGGAGAUCUCACAGACACCGCGCGCGUCUUUGGACACACCUCGGAGAUUAACUGUGGUUUGGCUUUUCUUUAGCCUGCGCCUUUUUUGACAUUGCGAUGUCCACAAGAAAGACAUCGUUGACGGACAAGCAGGCUAAAAACGGAACAUCAAAAUAUGUGUUGGAGAGAUGCGCUUCUGUUAACGAGUAUUAUGAUAUUGCCUUCAAGGUGAUGCUGCUGGGGGACUCGUCCGUGGGGAAGACGUGCGCCUUGGUGCGCUUUAAAGAUGGGGCAUUUCUGGGAGGCAACUUUAUAUCCACCGUUGGAAUAGACUUUAGGAAUAAAGUGGUGGAUGUCGACAACAUGAAAGUCAAACUUCAGAUCUGGGAUACAGCUGGCCAAGAGAGAUUCCGAAGUGUAACGCACGCCUACUACAGAGAUGCCCAGGCAUUACUUUUGCUUUAUGAUAUCACCAGCAAGCUGUCGUUUGACAAUAUCAGGGCUUGGCUGACUGAAAUACACGAGUAUGCCCAGAACGAUGUGGUCAUCAUGUUGCUCGGCAACAAGGCAGACAUGGUUGCAGAUAGGGUCGUGAAGAAGGAGGAUGGAGAGAAGCUGGCAAAGGAGUAUGGUGUACCAUUUAUGGAGACCAGUGCCAAGACAGGAGUCAAUGUGGAGCUGGCCUUUCUUGCUAUAGCAAAGGAGCUGAAGCACAGAGCAACACAGCAGCAGAAUGAGCCCAAGUUCCAGAUACACGACUACAUCGAGUCUAAGAAGCACAAGUCUAGCUGCUGUGGACUCAUGUAACUGAUCCUGAUCACCAGGCAGAAAGAGACACAGAGAGAGAGAGAGAGAGAGAAAGAGAGGGAGGCAGUGAGGGUGUGGGAACGAGAUAUAAACCAACAAAAAAAGUCAGCUCUCUUACAAAAAAGCCAAUCCCAGCACCAAACCUGAGGAGCGGACAACCUCGCCUUCUCCACUGAGCUUUUAGCUUGAAUGGAAAGUCAAUCUGGAUUUACCGUCAUCCCUUAAAUCUAUUUCAUGUCAUGCGUAGAAGUGUUUGUGGUCUUUGUGGUGACAGUUGUACUAAACUAAAAGUCAGGAGUUGCAAUCUGAAAUGCUAUAUCCAUCUGCAGGGACAAACGUAUAUAUUUAUCUUUCUAUUCUGCAUAGAUGGAAACUCAACAUUUGUCAGUUGGGAUGAAAAAUAUGGCACCCAAGUGAUUCGUUUAUUAUUUGGGCAGCGGAAAUGUUCGCGCUCCACAUGGACAGACACAUUGCACUUAAAGGGUAACAUCACGCACCCUCAAAUUCUGCUUGAACUUGGAGUGUCUAUCCAUUUUCCAUGGGCCCAUGUGAUGUGUGUACUGCCACUGAAGAGAAAUAAAUCAGGCUCAUGUACAGCGUUUCUUGGCGCUUGCUAAUGCUAACGCUAGCAGGGGCCAACAAGCAUUGUACACCUCGGAGUCUUGUCUAUUUUGUCUCAGUUAAAAAGGAGCCAGAGAAUACGGCUGAACCAAAUCCGAGCAGACAGAAACAAAAUACCUGUAUAAACAUCAUAUGCCAACAAGAAUCUUUGUGAUUUAUGUGUACUGCACAUAGUUCAGAACCCAGCUUGACUUGUAAUGAAACUGUUUUGGUUGCUGUUAAACUGAGCUUCAGUAACGUUGUCCAUAGUGAACUUAAUUACUUGGGCUCUGUUUGGUCCUGCGGCAGAAACUGAAGUUCUAUUUUAGAACUGUCGCCAUUUUUUAUCUUGCAGUUUACAGGUUUGAUUUUUGAUAAAUGGCAGUUUUAUAUGAACAAUUAAUAUGAUUGUUGAUGUCGAUAUAGCAUUUUUCCCUGCAACUCUUAGUUUGUUUCUGUCCCUGUUUAUACCAGGCUGUGAACUGAAUCCCUUUUAGCAUUUUUCUUUGAUAACUCAGUGCGUGUGAGAAGUGGACUUCAGUGUCACAGUCAGAUUGUAGCUAAAAUGAUUCCAUCUGUUCACAUCUGUACUGCUGUUAGAUAGAAUAAAGCCAACUUUUUAAGGGCGCACGACCACUGUGUGUCUGUCUGUACUACAUUUCAAUUCAGAGCCACUGAAACUUCAUUCAAAUACUGUACAUGUAAUAGUGCUGGAGGAUCAUCCCAAUGUUGCAACAGGCUUCAUACAAAAUGAUAAUUAUCAUGAACCAUUCACACACAGAGGGCACUCCCAAACAUUGUGGUGUCUCCUUUAACGAUGGAUGUUGCUGUACCGAAACUGUAUUUGCUCAUGCAUCGUGUAACUCGUUUCUCUGUACAAUGUCCAUUAUGAAUUGCUUGAUGUCACAUUUGUCCCUCUUCUGAUCACGGUGGGAGUGCCACAAAGUGCCAUGAAAAGUGCUUUGUUAUCAUGUUGUAUAAAAAAAAGUAUAUUUUGUAAUGUA